AUGGCCGGACAGAACAGAGAAGUGGAGGGCAGCCGAGAAUUUGACAAACAGGGCCGAUACAAAGGCGUGGAAGGGGAAUGUGCUAAUUGCGAAGGUGUUUGGAAGAAGAAGGAAAGAGGAAGAAAAAAAAAAAAAAGAAAAAGUAAAAAACGGCGAGAGGAGGAAAAAAGACAGAUUGAGUCGCCGGGAGGAACGAGAAGAGCCCUCAGGAAUCUGGUCCCGCCCGUCCUCGCAAUUCUUUCUGCCCCUCGCUCAAGAAAAACGACUUCAUUCCCUCCGGGUAUCGUAUCCUGGUCCGGGGUAUUUCGGCCAGGCCCGAAGCUGUCCUCCUGGGGAGGGGAUGCAAAUGUCGCACCUGGGAAAAGGAAAACGAACGAGGAGAUCGUCUGUUAUGAAUGGCGGGCCAAAUCCCUUACUUGA